UGUCAGUUGCGGCCUCUCUCCACGUCUCUACACCGCCGACAUGGCAGGAGGAGUGCGGAAAAAGUCUCCUGGUGCCCCGUCCCCUCUGUGGGGGAAACUUCACACACUGUGGCAGGACAAACAUUUGGUCUUGUUCAAGACGGAAUACACGUUGCUGGUGGUUUCAAUUUUGUGGUUCCUGGAGAUCGGGAUCAAUGUGUGGGUCAUACAAAAAGUAGCAUACACUGAGAUAGACUGGAAAGCCUACAUGGAUGAAGUAGAGGGAGUCAUCAACGGUACCUAUGACUACACCCAGCUUAAAGGAGACACUGGCCCGCUGGUGUACCCUGCUGGCUUUGUCUACAUCUUCACAGCUCUCUACUACAUCACCAACCAUGGGGUGAACAUCCGUCUGGGACAGUACGUUUUUGCAGUUUUCUACCUCAUCACGCUACUGCUUGUCUUCAGGAUAUACUACCGCACUAAGAAGGUUCCUCCCUAUGUGUUCUUCUUUGUGUGCUGUGCAUCUUAUCGGAUCCACUCCAUCUUUGUGCUGCGUCUCUUUAAUGAUCCAGUGGCCAUGAUGCUGCUGUUUGCAGCUGUCAACCUCUUCAUGGAUGGACACUGGACCCUGGGCUGCGGCCUUUACAGUUUAGCAGUGUCUGUGAAAAUGAAUGUGCUGCUCUUUGCUCCCGGACUACUUUUCCUCCUCCUGUCUGAGUUUGGUCUAAUCAGGACAAUCCCGAGACUUUCUCUGUGUGCAGGCAUACAGGUUUUGCUGGGUAUGCCUUUCCUCCUGGAGAAUCCCGUUGGUUAUUUGAGCCGGGCAUUUGAUCUUGGACGUCAGUUUUUGUUCAAGUGGACGGUCAACUGGCGCUUCCUGCCAGAAUGGCUCUUCUUGAGUCGGUACUUUCACGUAGUCCUGCUGGCUGCCCACCUGCUCACCCUGCUGCUCUUUGCUCUCCGCCGUUGGAAGAGACCAGGAGAAAACAUCUUUGAACUCCUGAAGGAGCCAAGCAAGAGGAAGAUCCCUGCUCAGAAAAGCACUGUCGAUCAGAUCGUACUGAUUCUGUUCACCUCGAACUUCAUUGGCAUGUGCUUCAGCCGUUCGUUGCACUAUCAGUUCUACGUCUGGUAUUUCCACACGCUGCCUUACCUGCUCUGGAGCGGAGGAGUCAAGAAGCUGGCCCACCUGCUCAGGGUCCUGAUCCUGGGUCUGAUCGAGCUUUCGUGGAACACCUACCCCUCCACUAACAGCAGCUCUGCUGCCCUCCAUGUCUGCCACCUCAUCAUCCUCCUCUGCCUGUGGCUGGCUCCGCCCCUGCCCUCGGCGCCAGCGGAAAGGCAAGAGGGUGCACCAGCCAAAGACAAACGUCAAUGAGCCACAGCGUGAUUGGACCAGACAUUAUAUAUAUUCUAAUCAGCUGCCGAACAGCCUCCAUCAUCCUCCUCUCUUUGAGCCUCACAACACUGGUGCAGAGGGAGGUCACAGGGGCAGACUGUUUUUAUAAGUGAAUACAAGGAGCCAUUUGAUGCUUCUCAUCUCGGCUCACUGCUAAAAGUGAAGGAAGCUAACGAGUGGGUGCAGUCUGCAGACAGGCACCUACAUGAUGAAAUGGCUUAUAGUUGAAGAGAUGAGAAGAGAGAGGAAAUACAGAUUCUCAGGUUUCAUUUUCAGAUACAGAAAAGGAAGGGAGUAGUACAGAACAGCACUAGAAGGAAAUUGUGAAUGUUUUGCUGAUGUUGUAAAGGAUUUGUUACAUAUUCUGUAUUUCCACAGAUGUUAAAACUGCACUCUGCUGGCCUAAUCAAUUUUGAUAGAAAAAAAAAGAUGUCUGCUCGAACACAAAUGAUAUUGUAGAAUGUAUUAAAAAGGCAGAAUAUUGAAAACUGUCAUCAAUAUAAGACAGAACUUGAACUUGGCACCCAAAGCUUUAACUAAAUUGCAUCAAUAGCAUUUCCUCCUGCUACAGUAUUUUCAGUAUUCUCCGGAACAAGGUUGUUGUAGAAUUCUGCACAACUUAGUUUUACACAUACUAAGCUGUAGACAAUCACGUCCUAUUUGUUAUGUAAUUCAUUCAUCCUCUGUUGUGAGUGGCUCACCACCUUCUCAAGCACAUAAGUUGAUAUAAUGUGAAAAAUCUGCAUUACACUUAGGCUGCAAAAGUUUGACAUUUUAUAUUAAACAUGGAUGCCACUUAACCUUCAUGCCGUGUUUGUUUCUUCUU